CCACUGAUGUCACACCGUCAUUCAGGUUUGGAUGUGAUCAGUCGCUCGAAUCCAAUAACACUGUGUUUACAUUAGCUGGAAAAUGGCGCUUUAUGCAGCAAGAAUUUUAUCCGAGAUGGGCUGGGAGAAACAUUACGACCUCCCGGUCCUCAACGCUGAGAACCAGGCUUUGAUAAAAGAGAUUUGCCAGAUAAAGACGGUGAUCUCGCAGCUGAAAAACAAAUCAGACAGUCAUAAAGAAAGAAAGCAAUUAGGAAACGACUGCCUGAAAAAUGUUAAAAAGGAGCUGGACAUCACACAGGCUUUGUGCAGGGCCAAAGACAGAGAAGCCGAGUCCGAGAAAAACCUCACCGCCAUCGCAGAGAGGGAAACAGGUCGCCUGGUGCAGGAAAAUGCUAAGAUGGAAAUGGAUAUUCAACAUUUGGCCGACAGGAAAGAUUACUUCGAGAAACACAUCCUCAAGGCGAAACAAAAGCUUGAGCAAUUUCGGGUCCAAAUGCACUGGGACCAGCAGGCCUUGAAUUCUUUUUUGGAGGAGUCGACACGAAAAGAUGACGACAUGAUGGCCUUAAUUAAGUAUUCUCAGCAAGAUGAAAUGAGAAUUAAGUCACUCACCAUGGCUAUCGAGAGGAUGACGUUAGAGACCAAGAAAAGACGCAAAGCACUUGACAAGGAAAUGACAGAGACUCUGUCUGCACAGAUUGCUUUAGACAAAACAACAGAGAACUUGCAGCAGGCUCACCUGGAGACCGAGCAGAUCAUCCACCAGUGGGAAAACACCAUCCAACAGAUGAAGCAAAGAGACGCUGAUAUACAUCAGUGUGCUCUGAAACUGGCACAGACCAACCAGAUCAUCCGGGAAAGGAAUGACACCAUUACAGAAAUGAAGCACCUCCAGGACUCUCAGGUGAAGGACAACAAGGAGAAAGAGAAAAAGUUAACUUCGACCAAUCAACAGGCUGCAAAACUGCGACUGGACUUGAAGGAGCAGGAGAAGAUCUACGUCGAGAUGAAAGAUGAGUUGAAAAGUUGCAAAGCCCUACUGGAUAGAACAACUGGCAGCAUGCAGGCAAUGAGGGCCAAUAUAUCCAGGCAUAAGGAGGAAAUUGAGAGCAACGAUGUCAAACUGAUUCAGACCGGUGCCCAAAAUGAUGUUCUUGAGGGGAAGCUGAAAGCUGUGACACAAAACGCCCUGAGUGAGAAGGAGAGAGCUGCACAGAUGGAGAACUACCUCAAGGAAGAGGAGCAGCUCAUCAAGGAGCUGGACUACCAACUACGUGACCGCAGCAAGGAGAUUGUCCGUUGUAAACAACACGUGGAGGACUGCAAGAAGAAGGAGAAGAAUUAUAUAGCCCACAUACUAAGGUGCACAUCUACAAUAAACGCAUUGGAGUGCGAGAUGAGGAAACAGGAGGAGUACUUGGUCAAACAGAUGAUGAUCAUGAAUGAAAAGGACUCCAUGUUAAUCAUUUUAGAUAAAAGGCUAGCACGACUGCAAGGUGUUGUUGGUGAUUCCGAUGAAAAGAUAGAGAUGGAAAUAAAGAUCACAGAGCUCAAACAAACCCUGGAGGAGAAGAAGAAGGCGUCCAGCAAGAUGGUCGCCAAAAUCAAGGAGUCUGAGGAGGACAUUCACUAUUUGAGGAAAGAGAGGGAGGAUUCGCACGCUCAGAAGGAAGAGCUGUGCAACAAAGUGACAGAACAGAAGCUGAUCAAUAGCAAUAUUGAACGAGAGCUGAAGAAACUUGUGAUCAAGAAACAGGAGCACAUCGUGGAGCAAAACAUGUCCAAGUUGGAGGUGAAGCGAAAAAGGGAUCUUCUGUUCAACAAAGCCAACAACGUGGUGUCUUUGGAGAAAAGACAACUCAACGUGAAGAAAGCCAUCCACGAGAGGCAAGAGGAGAUCAGAGUCUACAUACAAAUGCUCAACCAGCAGCUGAGGACCACCGAGCAGGAACGACAGAGAAUAAGCAUGGAACUGAACACAAAGUUGUCCAAGAUGGAGGCCACCAAGAAACAUUAUGAGGUCGUGACUUUUUCAAUGGCAACUUUUGACGAAGAUGAUGAGGAUGCGGUGAAGUCUCAAGCUCACUACAUUGCCAAGGCUGCGCUAGAGAAAGCAGAACUCAAGCAGCAGGGAGAGUGUCUAAGUGCCCAAAUUCGCAAGGCUGAGAGGGAAAAUAAAGCCCUGGAGAACACAACCAUGUUGUUCAACAUGAGCAAUUCUGGAUUUCAGAUGUCAGUCAUGAAAGCAAAGGAAGCCACUCCAGAUUAUCAGGAGAAGUUCCAGCUUGAAGAGCAGCUUCAGGUGGUCGAGGAGAUGCUGAAGUCCAAAAGACAUCAAGUUGAAAAGCUUCAUGGAGACCUCCAGGAAAUGAACCAUGCCUUGAAGAAUCAGCUGACAGCAAGACAGAAUCUGGAACAGAAAGUGAGGGAAAUCAUCCAAUUCAAUGGUUCCAUCAGUGACAUGCUCGUUGCUGCCACCAAGUUUAAACCCCACCUCAAAGCUGUGCUGGAGCAACACUUUCAGCAGGCCGGUCUGCCUUUUCCAUCUUCCACCAUCAGCGCCCAUCGAAAGUCCAACUUGGCCAUCAACGUUGUCUCUCUCAGGUGUCCUACAAUGUCAACCACCACCCAUGCACCAUCUGAGCAGGAGGAGGCCCCAUUGAAGACUGUGAUUGUGGGCCUGGAUCUAGACUAAGUCUUUCUGACUCUAUCAUGACCUUCUGAUGCAUUGAAGAUGUUGGUAUCUACUCCUGAUUGUCCUUGAGACUUCUAGACUGAUUUCACAGUUGUUAGAAUAAAAUAAUAAUAAUACGUUUUCAUUUUAGAACCAGACCAUCACACUACCACCACCAUAUUUUACUGUUAGUAUGAUGUUCUUUUUAACAGUGUCUUUCUUAUAGUCGAGUCAACACUCUUGGGGUCAUUUUGGUUGACCGGCCACUCCUGGGAAGGUCACAACUGGUCAGUGUUUUUGCCUUUUGUGUAUAAUGGCUCUCACUGUGGUUAGCUGGAGUCCCAAAGCUUUAGAAGUUGCUUUCAGUGGGGAGGCAACAGGGGCGGCAAUCACUUUUUC